CUUAUUCUUAAUAUUAUAUAUUUUACUUAUAAAAAUGAAAGUAAGCCGAAGGGAAAAAAAUGCCAUUUUGGUUGAAUGCGGCCACCCUAGUAAGCCUAUUUUGGUUAAAUAUAUAGAUUUAUUAAGAAAAUGAGUCAACCGAUUGAUAAAAAUACAAAAGAGAUGAGUUUGUCGAUAAAUUUGCGUAGACCUCGUAUGGAAGCCCAAUGCCCCAAUAUGCCACCACCCGUUUUCAAAAGGAGUGAUUAAAUAAUGCCAGUCUGCCCAUAACGGCCCAUUCAGUUGUGUUUCUUUUAACCAUUUAAAUAUAUUUUUCCUGUUCCCAAAAAAAAAAUAAAUAAAUAAAAAUUCCCAGGUAGAGGAACAAGAUCUACACGUGGGUCCUGACACUAUUAUAAAUGUGUCAAUUUCGUGUGGAACCCAUACGACCAGACCCAAGUUUUCUAUGGAAACUUCUAAUUCUAUUCUGAUAUUCCGUAUCCCUCAAAUACGAGAUACGAGGAUUUAGAAACUAAAACCAGAGGAUAAAAUCCCGACUCUGCCUCUCCCUCUCCCUCUCUCUCUCUUCUUCUGCUUCCGUUCUUGUUCUGUUUCCGUCUUCUGAAUACCCUCGUCAUCGUCAAUUCAUCAUCCAUUAACAGAAAAGAACAUGCGCCGACGUCGGAGAAUCCAAGAAGACUCCCGUAGGCUGCCGAGUCAGCCGGAGCAGAGACCACAUUUCUUCAAGAUAAUCGUCAAAGCAAGUCUUGAAAGAGGAGAGCUCGUGAUACCAAAAGACUUCACAAGGCAACUUGUAAAGAAAAUAGCUGAUGUUGCAGUCCUCAAGGUUCCAUCUGGGAGAAAGUGGCAAGUAGAGGUUAAGGAAGUAGAUGGAUCGUUUAGGUUCCAAAAUGGCUUGCAGGGGUUCUUGAAGUACCAUUCCAUUUCUGUUGGUCACUUUCUUGUUUUCAGAUAUGAUGGGAAUUCAAAUUUCUCAGUCUUUAUAUUCAAUCAAAGUGCUUGCGAGAUAGAUUAUCUAAGUGACAUUGAUGAUGAUCUUGAAGAAUCUAAACUUCACAGUAACUGCUUGAUUCCCGUAAAGAAAGAACCAGAGGAAGAGGACCUUAUGGAAGUGGAACCUUUGAAUAUUUCUACUCCUUCACAGCCUCUUCCUUCUUCCAAUGUGGAGUUGGAUGAUAUUGGGAGCUUAAUGACCUAG